AUGUCCGGGCCUUCGCUCAUAUCUGCUGCCGAUGCCUCUAUGGCGGAGAUACCGAUAGACCCAGCUUUGCUAGCUGAAGAUGCAGCAGCGGAAGAACGAUUCGAAGCUGAACAAGAGGCCGAUGAAUCAAGUGAAGGAGAAAAUGAUGAGGAGGCAUAUGACGAUAAAGAAGACGAAGUGAACGAGGUUGUGGGAGAAGGUGAAGAAGAUCCGCUUGAAGCCGGUCCCUCGAGAUUAAGAAGUGAUAAAGAUGACGCUGUUUUCGAUCGACUGGCAGGAUUCGUUUCUCGCCCAGGCGCUGCACCUUCUGGAACGACAGGCGAUUUAGGAGGAAGGGAUUUUCAAAGAGAAAUAGUACUUGCAGACAAGGACGAGUUACCUCAACCUGCUCGUCGUAGACAUUCUAAGCCGCGACGUGUACAUAAACCAUCACAUGAAGUAACCCGACUACUUGGGCAAGCAAAUUUUCAUAAUCUGCUUGCUCAGACUGAAGAAGCUAUAGAGAUAUAUCUUGAAGUCAUUCGACAUGAUCCAUACAUCAGUGCAGCUUGGGCUUCUUUGGCUACUUGUUACGACGAUAUUGGCGAUGCGGAAAAAGCCAGACAGAUGAGAUUCCUAGGUGCACAUGUAGAUAAUGAUGAAGAAACCUGGAGGAGUUUAGCGUACGAUUUCAAACAAAAUGGACAUCAGGAUCAAUGUGUAUACUGUCUUCGAAAGGCACUCAAACAUGGUACAGAAGACACAGAGCUUUUAUGGGAGCUGGGAUCGAUCUAUGUAGCUCAGAGGCAAAAGUCCAGAGCAAGUGACGUAUUCAAGAAACUCAUCAAAUCUGAUCCAGCUUUCGUUCGUGAUUUUGAUAUCAUGAUGGAGUUCCAUCAAGUUUUGAUAGAAACAAAUCAAAGAUCCUUGAUUGUACAAGUGAUGAGAGAAACAUUUGACUGGCAUAUCGCGACUUUCUCUUCGCCUGAUGAUCAUAGGCCUGUGGGGCAUAACAGUAUGACGAUUGAGCGAGUUCUGCAGUUAGUCGACGAGUUCCUGUUUUUGGACGAUUUAGAUCAAGCUUUGGAAAUCGUCAGAAAGGGUCAAAGAUGGUUACAAGGUAGAAGAAAUCAAAAACAAUGGGAUACUUUCUCAGAUGAUAGAGAAUAUGAUCCUCCAGGAACGAUAAGAACGACAAAUGACGGGAAAGAUUCAGACGAAAGUGAGGGUUUCGCUAUGGACAUUCAAUUAAGGCAUAAACUGGCUUUGAUAAGAUUGAGACUAGGAGACGAUGAAGAGGCACUAAUCCAUAUCAACGAGAUUCUCAAUCUUGAUGUGUUACAAUAUCAUCGACUGUUCUUGGAAUUAGGUGGAGCGCUGAUGAAGAGGGAAUUAUGGGAGAAAGCUUUAGAUUGUUAUGCGUCAAUACAAGAAAGUGACGAGCUCCUGGAUACACCGGAAGAGGUUUAUCACGUCGGUAUAUGUCAUCAUAAUCUUAAGAAUUUACAUGAAGCUCAGGAAGCUUUACAAUGGGUCGUUACCAGUGAACCUGAUCAUAUCAACGCUCGAUUAAGACUUGCCAAUGUUCUGGAAGAUAUGGGUAGGAAAGCAGAAGCGCUUGAACUUGUCUCAGAUAUCAUCCGUUCUCGAGCACACAGAGAAAAAGAUAGUCACGCAAUGAAUCGAUCACUGUUUGAAGAACCAACUCAUUUGAACAAAGCUGAGAAAGCAGCUAACAAGAAAUUGACUAAAAGGGUAUUGGAAGAUCAGAUGAGAUCACAAAUGCAAAAUUUAUGGCAAGAUGUCCAAGAUGCUGAAAAAGGUAUUGACGAAGGCGAUAUUGGAGCUUUAGAUAGAUUUAUCGCUGCUGCCGGAACUAUGAUAGAGAAUUAUCGAUUGAAUAGGGGAAAUUUCUCCAAAAGUCGGGGAGUCGUGCGAAUACUCAAAUCGAAGAAACAUAAAAGGAAUGAUGUUGACUCUCAAGCUCAAGAAAUGCAGGAUCGAUUAGAACGGAUGCUGGGAUUCGAGGACGAUGCUCCAGCUGAGGGAGGUUCGAACUUCAUCACUUAUCGACGGACAGAAUUCUAUGGACUGAAUUACGAAGAAUGGUUGACACUGAUGGUGAAGUACUGCUGCGUACUGAUGGUGAAGAAUGAGGAAGACAUCGCAAUGGAUAUUCUUGAGCAUGUUAUCUGGUCGGGACUGUUCCAUAAUAGGCGUUGUGAGGUAGCGCUCAGAUUGACUAUAAUUGCUUGCGCAAUGCGUCUUCGAUCAUAUGAGAAAAUAACCGAUAACUGUAAACGGCUAUCUCAAAUGCACCAAUUCGAUCCUUCACCGAUACUAUUGAUGCAAUCUGCUUUAUCCACAGGGGGAUUAAAAGCAUUUCAAGCAUGGGGAGCAGCGGCUGUCCAAGCUUUCAUUAGCAGAGAGAUGAAGACUUACGCUUCAGCAAUACCUCUUACCGUCGAACACAAAGGGGGAGAAGAAAUUCCACCAACAUCGAAUGCAAUUACAACGACAAAAUUACAUUACAAUGCACCUUCGAACAGAUGGACUCAUAAUAGAGGAUCAAGAUUCGAUGGUGAUACUCAGGAUCACAAUGAUGAGGAACAUGAUCAAGAUGACGAUAAUGAUAAUAAUGAAAACAACCAUAACGAUGAUGAGAAGAAAAAACCCGAUCUACCUAAAAAAGCUUCUCCGUAUUGGUAUAUUUUACAUGGACAAGAGAUGGUAACUAACAAGAGUUAUCAAAGUGCUUUCUUCUACCUAUUUAGAGCAUAUGAAUUGGAUCAAUAUAAUCCUUUGAUCUGCUUAUUAAUCUCACAGGCCUUCUUCGGUAGAGCGAUGAAUAGACAAAGUGAUAAUAGGAAUUACCAAAUUGCUCAGGGAAUGGCAUUCUUAACUAGAUAUCGUAAAUUAUCACCUUGCAAUCCAGUCUCACAAGAACAAGUAGAAUACAACUAUGGACGAUCAUUCCAUGGUAUUGGUGUAAAUCAUCUAGCUGUUAAUCACUAUGAGAGGGUUCUAGAUAGCAUCGAAAAUCGGAUGAAAGAAAGUGAUGAUCCAGAGGCUAUAAGAGGAUCCUCAUUGGCGUUUGAAGCUGCACAUAACUUGAUUCUGUUAUAUGCUACUUCCGGAAAUCAAAAAUUGGUCAAAGAGAAAUCGAAAUGGUUGGCUAUCUGA